AUGGACAGAACCUUGGAAUCCUUGAGACACAUCAUUGCCCAAGUCUUGCCUCACAGAGACCCGGCUCUAGUCUUCAAAGACUUGAAUGUUGUGUCAAUGUUACAGGAAUUUUGGGAAAGCAAGCAGCAACAGAGGGCUGCGUUCCCAAGUGAAGGUGUGGUGGUCUACGAGUCGCUGCCGUCUCCUGGACCACCCUUUGUGAGUUAUGUGACCCUCCCAGGGGGAAGCUGUUUUGGCAACUUUCAGUGCUGCUUAAGUAGAGCUGAGGCCAGACGCGAUGCAGCUAAAGUGGCCCUAAUCAACUCCCUCUUCAAUGAGCUGCCCUCUCGCAGGAUUACCAAGGAAUUCAUUAUGGAGAGUGUGCAGGAAGCAGUUGCCUCCACUAGUGGCACUUUGGAUGACGCGGACGACCCCAGCACCAGCAUUGGAGCCUACCACUACAUGCUGGAGUCCAACAUGGGGAAGACCAUGCUGGAAUUUCAGGAGCUUAUGACCAUUUUCCAACUAUUGCACUGGAAUGGAAGCCUAAAAGCCCUUCGUGAAACAAAGUGUUCCCGACAGGAAGUCAUCUCCUACUAUUCCCAGUAUUCCCUAGAUGAAAAGAUGCGCAGCCACAUGGCCCUGGACUGGAUCAUGAAGGAGCGGGAGUCACCAGGAAUUCUCUCCCAAGAGCUGCGAAUGGCCCUGAGGGAGUUGGAGGAAGCCAGGAAAGCAGGACAAGAACUACGUUUUUACAAAGAAAAGAAAGAAAUCCUGAGUUUAGCCCUGACUCAGAUCUACAGUGAUCCUGACACUUCCUCACCCAGUGAUGAUCAGUUGAGCCUCACGGCCCUUUGCAGCUAUCACUAA